GCUCAAUUGCUCAACAAUGACCCCAAUUCGUGCAUUCAGGAGGCAGGGCUUUACUGUACUUACUUCAGAAUACUCGCGCCUCUGCACUCGUGCCUUAUCAACAUCAGCCCCCGCAGCACGAAAUGCCGAAUCAUCCAAAACUGCCACCCCCCAACCCCACAGGAUCGAUCCCCGAUGGCUUACCAUGACGAAGAGGAGAUUGGGCAGAUGCAUGAUGUUUGGUCUAAAGCCGAUACACGUCCAAGAAGCCGGAGAGAUACUGCAACAAAUUGCGAGAGAUUGGCGUGAAUUGAUCGCUGGAAGCGAAGGUUACUUAACAGAUGCGACAAGAAGGGGCCUGUUCCGGCAGAGCGUUGCUUGGGGAGAGAUGGAUACCAUGGGCCAUGUUAAUAAUGUCACCUACGUCCGAUACGCCGAAACUGGACGGGUAUACAUGACUCGCAACUUUGCCACACAUAUAGAUCCUGCUCAUAAGAAAGAGUGGAUGAAUAUUGUCGGAAAUACCGGGAUUGGGAUCAUUCUGAGGAGCAUCAAGAUCGAUUACAAAUUCCCCAUGAAAUACCCCGACGAGGUCACUGUCUACCAUAAAGUCGCACAUGACCCAUCUUCUCCUCAUUCGCACAAAGACGCAUUUCAACUGCAGGCCGUAAUCAUAUCAGAAGCGAAGCAACGACCAGCUGCCCGUGUCCAUGAAGACCUGGUAAUAUACGAUUAUAAGCGGGGAAAGAAGGCCGAGAUGCCACCAUUCAUGCUGGAGCAAUUCAGAUCCACCUGGGAGCUUCAAGAGAAGGCAAAGAAAUUCUGGCAGCAGCAGAUCCUCGAUAUCGAAGCAAGGGUGCGAACUUUGGAAAUGGAGAGUUGGGAUCGCGAGGACGCCGUCGAAGAUACAGGGUCCGCAAAGAAAUAGAUCUUCCCCUGACUUGAUGUGGAGUGGAGAGGACACAUGUUUAAAUUGACCGCCCAUACAGUACCUUGCUUAUACUUCAGCAGAUAUAUGUACGCAACCGCCGUCCACAUGGACCCUGCGUAUAUAUUAGGUAUUGUCACUUUGUAUCGUAUCGUACGUACAGGGGAACCACAGGUAUGCAUCGGAAAC